UUGGUGCGCGGCGCCGGCCCCCUCGGAGCGCGGCCGCCAUCGGGGCUAUUUGACGUGUCGGUGGGGCCGGGGAAAGGCUUCGUCUCGCCGGGGCCGCCGCCGCCGCCGCUCCGCCGCCCGCCCGGCCCGGCCCGGCCCCGCGGAGCCCGGGCACCCCCCCCUUUCCCCCGCCCCAAAUGAGCGGCGCUCCCGGCGGGCCCCCGGCCGAGGACCCCGCCGAGCCGCGGAGCCGCGGCCGCCCCGUCGCCCCGGCCGCCCCCCGCCGACCCGCUGCGCCAGGCCAGCCGGCUGCCCAUCCGCGUCCUGAAGAUGCUCAGCGCCCACGGCGGCCACCUCCUGCACCCCGAGUACCUCCAGCCGCUCUCCUCCACGCCCGUCAGCCCCAUCGAGCUGGACGCCAAGAAGAGCCCGCUGGCGCUGCUGGCCCAGACCUGCUCGCAGAUCGGGAAGCCCGACCCGCCGCCCUCCUCCAAGCUGAACGCCGUGGCGGCCGCCGCGCCCGCCGCCGACAAGGAGCCCUCCUCCGCCCGGCCCGCCGCGCUGAAGCCGCCGGGCAGCGGGGACGCGCCCGCCGAGGACAAGUCGAGCUUCAAGCCCUACUCGAAGGGCGGCGGGGAGCCGCGCAAGGAGGGCGGCGCGGACAAGGCCGGCUUUCGGGUGCCCAGCGCCGCGUGCCCGCCGUUCCCCCCGCACGCCGCCGCCUCGCCCGGCGGCUCCCGCGGGGCCUCGCCGCAGCACCCCGACCCCAAGGGCGCCGAGGAGAAGAAGGAGCCCGAGGGCGGCAAGCCCAGCCCCGAGGGGACGGGCGGGGCGCUGGGGCGCGGGUUGGUGGAGCCCGGGGCGCACGGAGAGCCCCCCUCGGGCCGCAAGUCGGAGCCCCCCGCGCUGCCGCCCGCCGGCCAUGUGGCCCCCGUCUCGCCCUACAAGCCGGGCCACUCCGUCUUCCCCCUGCCGCCCUCCAGCAUCGGCUACCACGGCUCCAUCGUCGGCGCCUACGCCGGCUACCCGUCCCAGUUCGUGCCCGGGCUGGACCCCACCAAGCCGGGGCUGGUGGGCAGCCAGCUGCCGGGGGCGCUGGGGCUGCCGGGCAAACCGCCCAGCUCCAGCCCGCUCACCGGGGCCUCGCCGCCCUCCUUCAUGCAGGGAUUAUGCCGGGACCCGUACUGCCUGAGCUACCACAGCGCCUCGCACCUGGGCUCCAGCAACUGCUCCAGCUGCGUGCACGACCCCGGCAGCCUCAAGAGCGGAUACCCCUUGGUGUACCCCACGCACCCCCUGCACUCGGUGCACACCACGCUCUCCUCCGGCGGCACCCCCAGCCUGCCCGGCCACCCCCUCUACACCUACGGCUUCAUGCUGCAGAACGACCCCCUGCCCCACAUAUGCAACUGGGUGUCUGCCAGCGGACCCUGCGACAAGAGGUUUGCCACCUCGGAGGAGCUGCUCACCCACCUACGGACCCACACGGCCCUGCCGGGGGCCGAGAAACUCUUGGCGGGCUACCCUACCUCCGGGCUGGGCUCCGCGGCCUCCUGCCACCUGCACCUCCCGCCCGCCGCCCCCGGGAGCCCCAACACCUUACCGGCCUCGCUCUCCUUGAGGAGCCCACACACUUUGGGACUAAACAGGUACCACCCCUACGGCAAGAGCCACUUGCCCACGGCCGGCGCCCUGCCCGUGCCCUCCUUGCCGGCCGCCGGACCUUACUACUCCCCGUACGCGCUCUACGGCCAAAGACUCACGUCAGCCUCGGCUUUGGGAUAUCAGUAACCAGCGCGGCCCCGGCCGGCUCAGCCCCAGCCCCCCGCGCCCUCCUUGGACUCUGUAUUUAUUACUGUAUGUUAGCUUAAAGCUGGGAAUAUAAGUGCAUUAUACACCAAUGAAUCAAUGGUAUGCAAAAGUCUGUGUCCAA